GUGUCGGCAUCUCAUCACGUCCGUAUCUCGUUCGUUCCUCAGGGAACACAGGCAAUUUUCAAAAGUAAACAACAACAAUUGAAAUUAUGCAAAAAUUAAGAAACAUUCCACUAAGCAAACAGAUUUGAGAAAUAUUUGCUGAGAUGAUCCGCUAGCUACGCCAACUGAGCAUCUCUGCCACAAUCUGCAACUAUUUCUUCCAUUUGUCGGCAUCCACAAAUACUUUAUAUAAAUACUGUUAGCCGUUAAACUCCCGCUCAAGUUCGUGUAUCAAUUUGCAUUGAUGAACUGUGCAGGAUGCGCGGCUUGAAUGAUAAAAAUCCAAUCGCAAUAAUCGUCGAUAUUCAAAGCCCCUAAAGCAAAGCAAAGCACAGCAAAACAGCAAAGCAGCGAGACCACAACUGCCAAUAGACUCAGACAACUCUCGACCUUUGAAGUCUCUCUCAGCUUCAGGACUCGAGUCUGUACCGUGCCUGUGACUGCCUGUGUGUGUGCGUGUGCCUGUGUUUGUGUAAAAGUGUGAAAAAGCGAAAAAUAAAUAUUAAAAGCGAAACGUGCAUGGAUUAGAAAUCAUAAGCAGCAGCAAAAAACAAUAACAAUAACAACAACAGUAGCAGCAGGAGCAGGAGCAGCGCCGGCAGCAGGAGCAAGAGCAGCUUGAGCAUCAACAGCGCCAACUUAUUGAAACAGUUUGGAAACAGACGUUGCCGCCAGCAGACGGCGUCUGGCGCCGGAACUGUCUAAGGUUCAGCUAAGCGGCAGAAGCCAACUAUAAGAAUGGCCAGUCAAGAAGGAGCAGGAGAAGGAACAACGCGUGCACCAACACGAUCCGGCAUGCAGCGAACCAAGCGAGGCUUACCCGCUUUCCCUGCUACUUUUAAUAUGUUGGCUCUGGUCUGCAUUAUAAUCUCCGAUUUAUUGCUGAGCGCUCAUGGACUGAAAGAUCUCAAGAUAUUCGUGCCGGAGGCAGUCAUCAUGGGCAAUGCAGCGACAUUGUCUUGUCAAUACGAUUUGGAGAAGGCGGCACUGUAUUCGGUCCGUUGGUAUUUCGGCCAGGAGGAGUUCUAUCGCUUCGUGCCACGCGAGGCAACGCCCACAUUUGUCUUUCCCGUCUCGGGCAUUAAUGUUGAUCUAACCAAUUCGGAUGCAACGUCGGUCACACUGAAAGGUGUCACUCGGGAUCUGACUGGCAGCUAUCAGUGCGAGGUGUCCGAGGAUGCGCCGCUCUUCCACACGGAUAUACGGUCGGCGCACAUGCAGGUGAUUGAGUUGCCCAAGGAUGACCCGGCUAUGCAGGUGGACAAGAAGGUGAUUGGUGUCAACGACAACUUCAAGGCGGUAUGCACGGUGGGUCCAUCUUAUCCUCCGGCGAACAUCACUUGGUACAUUAACGGUCGUAAGGUUUACAAGACGCCGCUGCAACGCAUCACACAGGACGCAUUCGAGGGCUCGACCACGUACUCCUCACUGGAGAUCUACCCGCACAGCCAGGUGCUGCAAGGCUUCUUUCAGGCGAUACCCAAGUACCAGAGCAGCAUUAGCCUACUCUGCGAGGUGUCCAUACUGCAUGUGUUCCACAAGAAUGUGCAGCAGCGUAUUGGGCUCAGCACAGCACCGCCUACGACCAUUUCACCCAAUUUGCUGGGCCUGGAGGGCUCCAAGCGUUAUGUAAAUGGAGAUCCGGACAAUUCGGCGCUUACAGGCGCCGCACAGUGCAGCUGCAGCACUAUUGGCGUACUCACUCUGGCAGUGGCAACUUUGGUGGCGGCUCAGCUGUGACCAGGACACAAUGGACACGCCACAUAAGCAAAUGGUCGAACAGUCGGUCAGACAGCCACAACCAUACCAACAACAAAUGGCCGAGCGGGCAGCUCGUAAGUGUAAUUAAAAAAUAACAAAUGCAAACAAUGCACCAAUGUGCA